AUGUGUAAACUGUUGGUACUGUGCCUAUUAUACAGAGAUCUGAAAACUGGACGGUCCUGCUCUCCAUGUAAAGAUCAGAAGUCUCACCUGGCAGAGACUGUAAACUGUGGAGAGAUAAAUAUAAAAAUCCCAGAAUAUGAAGAACUAAUUCUGGACUGUACUUUUGAAUGGUACGCGAGGCUGGAGGAAACCUAUAACAACGUGUUCACCCUGCAUCGUGAACACAAUCCCAAAAUCACCCGGGAGCCCUAUCUAGUGAUCAAGGGCGUACAGAUGGGGGACUCCGGACGGUACACGUGUACCACCAUCCUGGACUCUGAGGUGCCAGUGAGUAAGAUCACCUAUAACGUGGCAGUUAUCAGCGGAUCGGAACAGGCGACAAAAAAAUACCAUCCUCGCCCUACACUUCCUGAUGUGCUUGACAUCACAGCGCCUGAGCCGCCACUUCUAGAGGAGCUACGGAACAACAAUGCUUCCCUCAUAGCAAUAUCUGUGGCCGGCUCCGUCACCAUCAUGCUGAUCGCUGGCAUAUGCAUCUGCAUGUUCUGGAGGAAAAUGAAAUCUAGAGAGCCUCUGGAAAAAGAGCCAGUGUGAAGGCGAACCGUCAAGCACCAUCCUGUACUGCCACCUGCCAGGAAAAAAA